AUGUACGCCCGCAUCAAUCAGCUAGCAAGACACUUCUCGCGCCCCCUCCCCAACUAUCUCCACCUCUCCGCCGCCGCUCGACCCUCACUAUCAAUUACGUCACGAGCCAUGAGCGCAAACGACCAGGCCAAACGGACUAUCAACACCGCAGCGUGUCUGAUCAUAGGAGACGAGGUACUCGGGGGCAAGACCGUAGACACCAACUCGGCAUGGUUUGCCAAAUACUGCUUCAGCCUGGGCAUCGACCUCAAGCGCGUCGAGGUCAUCCCCGACGAUGAAGGCGACAUCAUCGAGGCCGCGAAGCGCAUGUCGGACAAGUACGACUUCGUCAUCACCAGCGGCGGCAUCGGGCCCACCCACGACGACAUCACCUAUCAGUCCAUCGCCAAGGCCUUCAACUUGCCGCUGGUGAAGCACGAGGAGGCACUGUCGAAGAUGAAGGCAAUCAGCCGCCCGCACAAGCAGCAGCCUGAUUUUUCGUGGGACGUCGACUCGCCGCAGCGGAAGGCCCGAUAUCGCAUGAUUGAGCUGCCGUACGACAAGAACAUCCCCGACGAGGAGCAGGUGCUGUUUGUUGCCGACGAUCUGUGGGUGCCGCUGAGCGUCGUCAAUGGCAACAUUCACAUCUUCCCAGGCGUGCCCCGGCUGUUUGAGAAGAUGCUGACCGGCCUCAAGCCAACCCUUCUGCCGCGGCUGGUGGACCCCGAGGGCAAGGGCGUGCACAGGAUAUUGUUCAGCACGCCGCUGCCGGAGAGUGGGGUGGCCAGCUACCUGACCGAGCUGUCGCAGAAGGUGGAGGGCAAGGGAGUCAAGGUCGGCAGCUAUCCCCGAUGGGGCAAGAGCAAGAACACCGUCACGCUGGUGGGGCGAGACACAGAGUACAUGGAGUCCUUGGUGCCGGAAGUGGAAGAGGGCGUCAAGGGGAAGCGAGUGCAGAAGGAGGGCGAGGACGAUGACGAUGCGAGUGACCAGGAAAAGUGA